GCUCGUGGCUGGCGUUUAGUCGCAUCGUCUAUGUUUCGUUCGUCCACUUCCGGAGCCACGUUCUUUGUCUAAACUAGGAUAAAAGCAAGUAAAAAGCAUCGGAGCUGCAAAAAGAGCUGCGAGCAAGCUGGGAAAGUUCUGUUUUUAACAGGUUCAGAAAUCGGAAACGCAGCUAUAUAUGCAAAUGUACAACACGACAAAGUUGGCUGAUUGAAAAUGCAAAUCGCAUACAGAAAGUGAUUGCAGGCAGCAGCAACAGGGCCGAAAACGAAUUUUGUGGCAGCGCGAAAACAAGUAAUAAAGUGCGCACAGGUAGCCCUUUGCCCGUUGCACUCUGCGUAUGCGUAAUAAGCGAGAGCGCGUGCUGGUCCAACGGGUGUAGCGCAGCGCGGGCAGCAGCAAGGCUACGCAGUUGACCAUUAAAGUGGCGGAAAUGACACAGACGAAAUGUAUCGCUGCAAAAAUUGGUUCUGUGCGCGCAGCAACAACAACAACUACGUCGAUGUCGCACUAAACGAGCCGGGACAAAGCCCGACGCCAACAACAUUACCACCGCAGCCACCCAAAAGUAGCAGUAAUAGCUGCAGCAACAGCAAUAGCAUCAAUAGGGCUCGCAAUAAAACCAAUAGCAAUCAACAGCCAAACGCAGCCGCUGCGAACCACAGAUCAACGCCCACCGAUGAUCCACCGCAGUCUGCCGGAGCAGCUGGAGCCGGAGCCGGAGCCGGAGCCCAUGUGGUCACGUUUCUGGACGAUGCACCGGGCAGCAGCAACGGCGGCGUAACCAGCAGCCGCAUUGUGACCACCGCUGAGCUCCAUCAGGCUCACAUGCUGGAGCACCACUCCAAUCUAGAUGCCAUUGAGCAGGCCGACGAUUUCAUCUACGGCCCUGGCGCUGGACUCUCGCUGUGCGAUGACAGCCUGCCGUCUGCCAAGAACUGCUAUAGACUUGUGAUGCUGGGGUCGUCACGCGCCGGGAAGUCGUCGAUUGUGGCACGUUUUCUGGGCAAUCGCUUUGAGGAGGCCUAUACGCCGACUAUUGAGGAGUUUCAUCGUAAAUUGUAUCGCAUACGAAAUGAGGUCUUUCAAUUGGAUAUUUUGGAUACUUCAGGCUAUCAUCCGUUUCCCGCAAUGCGUCGUUUGUCAUUUCUAACGGGCGAUCUAUUUAUAUUGGUAUUUAGCAUGGACUCGCGCGAGUCCUUUGAGGAGGUAGUGCGCCUGCGAGAGAACAUACUCGAGACCAAGUGGGCAGCUCUGAACCCGGGCUCGGGCUUCAAGAAGAAGAGUCUACCCAAAAUACCCAUGAUACUGGCUGGCAAUAAAUGUGAUCGUGACUUCAAAACCGUGCAGCUGGACGAGGUUAUGGGCUACAUAGCUGGGCAGGACAAUUGCUGCACUUUCGUGGAAUGCUCGGCACGCCAGAACUAUCGCAUCGACGAUCUGUUCCAUGCCCUAUUUACGGUUUCCAAUUUGCCGCUGGAGAUGACGCCCAACCAGCAUCGACGCCUUGUCUCCGUCUUUGGCGCGCCCUCGCCGCUGCCUCCGCAUGGCUCAGCCGUGGGCGGCACCAAGAAGAAUGCUCUAUCCAUCAAGCGACGUUUCAGUGAUGCCUGCGGCGUAGUCACGCCCAAUGCACGGCGGCCCAGCAUACGCACCGACCUCAAUCUCAUGCGCUCCAAGACGAUGGCGCUCAACGAGGGCGGCGAGGGCGUGCGUAAUACAUCCCGCUGGAACCGCUGCGCCCUCAUGUGAAUGCAGGGGGCAUAGAUUCUUGGCGUCCAUGUGAUAGUAGUGAGAAGGAGUCAGUAUGUGGUGGCUGGGCCCACAGACAAUGAGCGAAACUGAGAGAUAGAUAGAGAGAUCUUAAUUUUAAACGCAGCGUUUGGGUGAUUUCGUUAUGUAAUGUAAAUACUUGAGCACAUACUUAUGCAUAACAGCUAGGAACACACUCGUAUGUGGGUGUCUAGCUUAGGCAA